ACAUAUAUCUAUAUCCAACCAAAACAACACAAUGACUCUUCCUCCUUCGCCUGUUCUCUCACCCGCAACAGCCAUCACCACCACCAUCCCUGCCGGCGAUGGCCUGCCCAUAACCACCGCCGCUUCAACAACCGUACACCGAAGACUAAGCCUCAUCCCAUUGAUCUUUAUCAUUUACUUUGACGUUGCGGGUGGCCCGUUUGGUGCAGAACCUGCAGUAAAAGCAGUCGGGCCACUUUUUGCCAUUCUCGAAUUCUUGAUAUUUCCAUUCAUAUGGAGCAUACCUGAAGCUCUUGUCACAGCUGAACUCUCCACUGCAUUACCCGGAAACGGUGGUUAUAUUAUUUGGACAUAUAAAGCAUUCGGGCCGUUUAUGGCGUCUUUAUUAGGGGUACUGAAGUACCUUACUUGUGUAAUAAAUUUAUCAUCGUACCCAGUCCUUGGGGUUCAAUACUUGGAAACACUUUUUCCAAUUUUGAACUCUGGGUUGCCGCGUAUCGCGGCAAUGAUGGGAAUCAGCACAGUCCUCUCAUUCAUUACUUUUUUGGGUGUCAAUAUCGUGGGAAUUCUUUCGAUUAUUUUAGGGAUUUUAACUUUAUGUCCGUUUGGUAUCAUGGCGGGUUUUGCUGUCCCACAUAUAAAACCCGAAAGAUGGUUAAGUAUGGGCCAAAAAGGUGUGAAAAGAAACUGGAAUGGGUCGUUUAAUAAUGUUUUUUGGAACUUAAAUUUUUGGGACACAAUUAGUACUAUGGCAGGGGAAGUAGAAAAUCCAAGAACUACUUUUCCUAAAGCUUUAUUAUAUGCGGUUGUUUUAACUUGUUUAGCUUAUAUAAUCCCUUUGAUGGCGGUUACCGGUGCGUUAGACCUUGACCAAAACGCGUGGGAGUCAGGAUAUUUUGCCGUGGCCGCGGCCACGAUUGUAGGAAAGUGGUUAAGGGUAUGGAUAAUUAUCGGAGCUAUGUUAUCAACCAUAGGUUUAUUUUUCGCAUUACUAUGUAGCUGUUCUUAUCAAAUACUAGGAAUGUCUGAUUUUGGUUUUUUACCAAAGUUUUUUGGGGCUAAAUCAAAAUUUGAUACACCAUGGAUUGGUAUAUUGCUAUCAACUUUGAUUGUCAUGGUUUGUUCAGUAUUCUUGGAUUUUACAGUUAUUAUAGCGGCUGCGAAUCUUUUAUACAGUUUGAGCAUGUUAAUAGAGUAUGCCUCUUAUUUUUGGCUUCGGGUCAAGUAUCCAACCUUACGACGACCUUAUCGCGUGCCAAUUGAUAAUAAAAUCCUUCUAGCGGUGGCAUUGAUGAUACCGUCGUCAUUUUUGGUGUUGAUCAUGGUGUUUGCUACAAAGAUACCACGCAUUAUAUGUGCGCUAAUCACUAUUGGUGCUGUUUUAUGGUAUUUUUUGAUGAACUUUAUCAAGAAAAAGGGGUGGCUCGCUUUCAAGAAUGCGGAUCAAAUUGAAGUUGGCGAAGAACAAGACUAAUAAAUAAAUCAUCGUCCGUGCUUUGGUAUAUUAUUAUUUUACCGUGCGGAGAACAUCACAACACUUAGCACUUAGUAGAGGAAAAACCCCUAAUUAGUGGUAUAUAUGAUUUGCUUUAGUUAGGUGGUUCGGUA